CAAUCCAUAAUACAUUAAUACACACUUACCAAGUGCAAAUUGAAAACGAAGAAGCAUGGGGUUACAUGAAAAAACAAAGAGUUUCUUCAACAACAGAUGGCUGGUUUUUGUAGCUUCAAUGUGGGUUCAAUCUUGCUCAGGACUUGGGUACUUGUUCGGCAGCAUAUCGCCGGUGAUAAAGAAAUCCAUGGGUUACAAUCAGCGGCAGAUUGCCAUGUUGGGUGUGGCUAAAGAUAUCGGUGAUGCAAUCGGAUUCAUUCCUGGUAGUUUAUGUGAAAUUGCUCCCAUUUGGGUGGUUCUUUUCAUUGGAGUUGUUCAAAACUUCGUCGGAUAUGGUCUGGUUUGGCUCACCACCACACACACCUUGCCGGAAUUGCCUCUGUGGGUGCUAUGUGUUUGUAUAUUCGUCGGAACAAACGGAGAAACCUACUUCAAUACAGGAGCUUUAGUAUCCGGAGUUCAGAACUUCCCAAAAAACCGUGGUCCAGUCGUCGGAAUAUUAAAGGGUUUUGCCGGGUUAAGUGGUGCGAUUUUGACACAAGUUUAUACAAUCUUCAAUUUUCCCGAUCAAUCCUCCAUCAUAUUCUUGGUUGCGGUGGGGCCCACGAUCGUUAUAUUAUCGGUAAUGUUCAUGGUUAGACCUGUCGGAGGCCAUAGACAAGGUCGAGAAUCCGAUGACACAAGCUUUGUAUUUCUUUACAGUGUUUGUCUCAUUCUCGCGGCUUAUCUCCUCGGAGUUUUGAUUUUACAAGAUCUGAUCGUUCUGAACCAGAUAACUGUGACUUUGCUCACCGUUGGGCUGUUGAUCCUCGUAUUGCUUCCGAUUGCAAUUCCCGUUUUUUUGGUUUUUUUCUCAGAGAAUCUACCGGAGGAAAGGCUACUACUUAACGAGGAUGAAAAGAAAGAUGGAAAUGAAAUGAUAAUGAGUGAGAUGGAAGAUGAGAAGACAUCGGAAGUAGACUUGCUUUCUGCUUACGAAAGGCAAAAGAGAAUCUCUCAUUUGCAGGCGAGACUGGUGCAGGCGGUGGCGGAUGGGGCUGUGAGGGUGAAGCGGCGGAAGAAGGGUCCACGAAGAGGGGAGGAUUUUACGUUAAUGCAGGCGUUGGUAAAAGCUGAUUUCUUGCUCAUGUUUUUUUCGUUAGUGUUGGCUUCAGGAUCCGGUUUGACCAUAAUUGAUAACCUUGGUCAAAUGUGCCAAUCGCUUGGGUAUGAAAACCCGCAUAUAUUUGUUUCCAUGAUUAGUAUUUGGAACUUUCUUGGUCGUGUUGGUGGUGGAUACUUCUCCGAGAUAAUCGUAAGAAAGUACGCAUACCCGAGACCGAUUGCAAUGGGUGUAGUUCAGGUCGUAAUGGCAGGUUCGCUUUUCUACUACGCAAUCGGCGCACCCAGUGCUAUUUAUAUUGUUUCGGUGGUGAUCGGACUCUGUUAUGGAGCCCAUUGGGCCAUUUUUCCGUCAACUGCCUCUGAAUUAUUCGGUUUGAAGAGUUUUGGUGCAUUGUAUAAUUGUCUUGCACUAGCAAGCCCAACAGGUUCCCUAAUCUUUUCUGGUGUCAUUGCUAGUGGAAUUUAUGACUAUGAAGCAAAGAAGCAAAUGACCAUAAACCAUCGUAUUUUUCAAGAUAAUGAAGAACUUACAUGCUAUGGCACCAUAUGUUACUCCAUCACUUGUGGGAUCUUAUCUGCCCUAUGUGUAAUUGCGGUUGCUUUGAGUAUGACAGUAGUUUACAGGACUAAAGGAGUCUACGCUCAACUCUACGGGAACUCACGGACUUAAAAGUUGAGAUGUUUAUACUUUAUAAAUAACUGCUUCAAUUAUUUUUUGGAAUAGAAUAUUGCUUGUAUUAUUGGGAUUAUAGCUUAUCGGACAUGAUCCUAUUGUGAAAUAUAAGUUAAGAGUGUA